GUUUCCCUUCUCUAAAGUUGAUAUUUAUUCUAUGGCGGGGCCUGAUAGGGGUUCAGAGGCGAAGUUCACGGAUUCCGCUUUUUCGCCCGUAGUAGCUGCAUACCCAGCUCCGCGUCCCAUUUAAUUCGACCUUUGAAGUUAUCUCAGGUUCUUGUGCAGAGCACUGGAACCUUGUAAUUUACUAGAGGCUGCAUGGGGGCUGUAGGAAAUCAAUAGAGCGGCAACGAAAUGGACGCAGCUAGUGACGGCGGUGGCGGGAGGCCACGAAAUGAUACCAUCGCUACGGAAGACGCUACCCUUUCAUUUAAUAUAGAAGAAUUGGAUGACAAAGAAUUUGAGCUUCCACCUGUGGAAAAUCCACCGACGUUGGAGAGCAUAUUAAAUGAAGUGGAUGGAGGCUCGCUGAGUGACGAAGAGGUGCCCAACCAGGCAAUCUUCCAUGGAAGCUGUGAUUCAGUGUCUCUCGGUAGCACUGACUCAAGGAGUCUGCCAGCAGAAAAAGUUGGAACUCAUCCAAACAGCAUCCUGCGGCAUGUCAUCUUGCGAGGAGUGUCUUCCCAGCUACGAUCGGCUGUGGAGCGGGUUGACUCUGGAAAACCCACUGCCAUGGCGGUGUCAUCCCUGAUAGCUGUGGGUACCUUUCAUGGCCUGGUGCUUGUAUUUGAUCCUGAACAAGCAUUGAAGUGGUGCUUGGGCAGCAUACAGUUGGGUGAGCAGUAUGGAUCUGUCUCUGCAAUGGGCUUCAACACCGACUGCAGCCGGCUUCUUUGUGGAUAUGCAAAGGGUCAGCUGACCAUGUGGGACCUGACCAAUGGAAAACUGCUGCGCACAAUUGCAGACAUCCACCCGCCACAGAUGGCCAUCCUGCAUGUCAAGUUCACAGAUGACCCGACACUUGCCAUCUGCAGCGAUAGUGGUGGCUCUGUAUAUGAACUGAACUUCAGGCAAGUAAAAGUCCUUAACAGCCGGACAUGCGAGUCGGUGUGCAUUUUUUCUGGAAGUCGAGGUGAGGUGUGUGCUAUGGAGCCGCUGCACGUGAGCCCCGAGGUGGCACGGCACCCUUCCCAGGAGGUGUCCUUGUUGGCCCUGGCCACUGUCACAAAGGUUAUUGUGGUGACUGUGCGCCCAGUCCUCCGUGUCCGCUUCACCCAUUCCCUCAAGGCAGACCCAAACACACUGCCGCUGCUGAGCUGGCAGUUUGUGGUUAUCCAGGUGUCAGCUUCAGCACGGAUCAUUGACCCUGUACUGGCGUUUGGUCGCCAUAGCACCAUCUUCUUUUUCCAGGUCAACAUUCCCAGCUUGGACAAGAUCAUUUUUGUGCCCUUACAGAAGAUACAAGUGCAGUACACAGUCCAGAAUUUUACUUGGCUGAACUCUCGAACAUUGGCAGCCUUAGAUACAUCAGAGAAUCUGCACGUGCUUGAUGUAAGAUCACAGGAGGAACUUGAGGUGCUGGACAUGUCAGAUGUGCAGAUGGUCUAUGGUACAAGCCACUUCAAAGGGCAUGCUACAGGCGGCAACGUCAGCAAGGCAAUGGUGGCUGCAGCCGAGCGAGCGUGCUACCACUCGAUGGCCGGCUGUGGGAGCCAGGUGCUGCUGCUGGGCCUUGCAUCGGUGCACGUGCUGAGCUUGCGCACAUGGCUGGAACGACUGGAACUCCUGUGCCAGCAGCAGCUGUACGCAGAGGCCCUCCACCUGGCCCGCAGCCUCUAUCGAGAUGAGGCCAAGGCAGUGUGCGGCCUGGUGGGCAAGAAGGUGCGCCGCCAGCGCCAGGUGGCCACUCGCACCCAGGAGCUGCUUGAAGCUCUGGCUGCGGGUCCGCCUGACCGUGUCCAACUCCUGGUGCCCCUCUGCGUAAGGCUGGCUCUGGAGCUCAGGGAGCACGUACCGGAUCUGUUGGAUAAGCUGUACACGUUGCUGUCAAUAGAGCUCAAGGGGAAGUUCCUGGACAGCCUUCCAGUUCAUGUGCUGGAGGGUGAGCUGCACAGCCCGAGCCCUGCCCUUGCCAAGGACUUAGUUGACCAGCUGGCCAGCAUGGGCCAGUUUGAGCUCCUGGAACGUUGCCUUGUGUGCCUAGAUGUGGCCUGCCUGGACCUCCACCAGGUGAUGACACUCUGCUGGAAACAUCAUUUGUAUGAUGGCAUCAUCUAUGUGCACAACCGAGCUUUGAGUGACUUCACUACACCCAUUCAGGAACUGAUGGCAGUGCUGUGGCAAGCCCUGAAUUCUGGCCAGCAGCUCACUGACAGCCAGGUGCUUCUGGGCAACAAGCUGUUGGUUUACAUAAGUUGCUGCCUGGCGGGGCGAGGCUAUCCACAUGGGGAACUCUGUGCUGACCAGGUGGCUGCAGUGAAGAAGGAUGUGCUUCAGUGCAUCACAUCCCUGCGAGGUGCAAGCACUGAUGAUCGUGAAACAUUUCCUUACCUGAGGACAUUGCUUCGCUUCAGCACCAGAGAAUUCCUGAAUGUGCUGGCCUUGGCUUUCGAGGAGCCAGAGUUUGCCACUGAGGUUGGGCUGGCACAAAAGCAGCGACUGGUUGACAUUCUGCUUCAGAUUAUGGUCCAGAGUCAAGGAUUCUUGCCUACACAGGUGGGGGCCCUGUUCACCUUCCUGGCCAGGCAGUUGGCACUACCGGAUAACAACCUUGUCGUUGACCGGUUCCUCUUUGAACAGGUACUGGAGCAUCUGACGCACCCUGGGGAUGAGACCCGACGGGAGGAGCGCCAGCAGGCCCUGCUUGAACUGCUGCAAGCGGGUGGCUUAGCAUCAGUUGACCAAGCACACCUUCUGAGUCUUGCCGAGCAGUCCCAUUUUUACCGGGUGUGUGAGCACUUGUAUGAGAAACAGCACCUGUACCACAAGAUUCUGCUGUGCUACUUGGAUGACCCUUCCCGCAAGCUGCAGAGCUUCGAAUACGCCCGGCGCAUCUUUGCCAGCCCUGAUGUGAGUGAGCAGGAGAAGUCACUUCUCCAAGACCAGCUCCUCAGCAGCCUCGAGGCCCUCAUGCAAGUGGACAGCAGGGCCACCUCACAGCUGAUGCUGCAGCACCUUGCCCACCGUGUGGAUGACAUUGUGCACCAUCUUGAGGGCCAGCCGUGGGUGCUCUACCAGUUCUUGCAGGGUGUCUGGAAUAGCAGGGAAGCGCCAACUCAGGGUGCCAAGGAUAGCGUUGCUGCUGCAGUGCAGGAGCGGUACAUUGAGCUCAUGUGCCAGUUUGACCCUGAUGCUGUGGGCCCCUUUCUGGUCUCUGCUGAAGGCUAUCGCAUUGAGGAGACUCUGGAGAUAUGCCAUAGGCACAAGGUCCUAGAUGCCACAGCUUAUCUGCUGGAGAAGACUGGUGAUGUUCAAGGAGCUCUGACCAUACUGCUGCAGUUCCUGGACACGCAGCUGCAGGCAUGUGCCCAGCAGGGCCCCAUGCGAGAGCAGCUGCUGCAAGGGGCGCGUACGCGACUGCAGGCAGCGGUGGAGCUGUGCCAGCGCAGCUGCCCAUUCCUGAGUGCAGCCGAGCGGGAGGCCCUCUGGUUUCCUGUGCUCGAGAGGGUCAUGGCACCCCAGCGUCAGCUACGCUCAGCACUGGGCGCCGACAAAGACUUCCUGCUGCUGACCCACCAGCUCCUGGGGAGCAUGAUGGGCUUUGUGGCACUGCCACACAUCCUGCACAAGCUGAUGCAGGAUCCAGCUUACAGCACAGGCAAGUUUGGGGAGGUGCGUCACUUUGUGGUGAAGAUGCUGGACACACACAAUUAUGAAAAGGCCCUGCUGCACACCACCAGCCGACUGCUGAGCAGUGAUGUGCACCUGCAUCUUUGCCAGCUCCAGGCAGCUGCAAACAGGGCGUAUGUGUCACACACGGCUGCCUGUCUCGCCUGCGGCAAGGGCUUCUCCGAGCCAGGGGCUGUGGUCAUGUUUCGUUGCAGCCACUGCUACCACAGGACCUGCCUGGCAACUCUUGGACCUGCUGAACGGGCUAGGGAAGUGUGCUGCCAGUGCUGCACAUCACAGCCACUCGGACAACCCUUGCAGUGCCCUAUGCAGAUAACAAAGAAGCUUGCACAGUCGGCUGGCGCAACAUCACGGAGCUUCCCAGAUGCAUUGCUGCCAGUGCUACUGAAAGAUAGCCUCCGGCUCCGCCUCGCUCCUGCACAGCCUCCAGACAUCAAGCUGGAUAUCUGAAUCAGCUGAGCAUUUCAGCCACAGCUAUUAGCUAGCAGAAUGCCUGCAAUAGACUGUGUCCAGAUUUAAAAAAAGUAUACAAACUUCA